CCCUAUAAAUACCGACCCUCUUCUGCUAACUUUUUUCGACCACAAAGCAAGGCACAUGUAACAAUCCAAGGUGCAAAGCGCUUCAAAUAUGGCUAGGUCCCACGCAGCUCUUCUGCUCCUCUUGGUCGGCGCCAUAGCGGCGUCAGGUUAUCAGUAUCAACGGGACUCGGUGGGCUCGACGUUCUUCCUCCAGCACGAUCUGUACCCCGGAUCCAAGAUGACGCUCCAUUUCAGCCCCACCGCGCCGGGGGUGCCCGCGCUCACGCGCGCCCGCGCCGACGCCAUCCCCUUCGCCUCCGCCAAGAUCCGCGAGAUCCUCGCCCUCUUCUCCAUCCCGGCGGGCUCCCCCGCAGCCGACGCGGUGCGCUUCACCCUGGCCGAGUGCGAGGCCCCACCAGUGCCGGGCGUGGCGGCGCAGCGGUGCGCCACCUCCCCGGAGGCCAUGGUCGACUUCGCGGCCUCCUGGCUCGGCACCCGGGCCAUCCACGCGGGCACCACCAGGCUCGGCAGCAGCAGGGACGGAGGGGCGGCGGCGCCGCCGAGGCAGGCGUACGUGGUGGAGUCCGUCCGGCCGCUGCCGGUGGUCGGCCGGGACAUGGUGGCUUGCCACUCCCUGCCCUACCCGUACGCGGUGUUCGGGUGCCACACCACCACCGCCGCCGUGUUCAGGGUGGCGCUUGCCGGGGCCGACGGGAGCAGGGCUGAGGCUCUGGCGGCGUGCCACAAGGACGCGACGCCGGGCAUCCCCUGGCCGACGUACAAGAAGCUCGGCGUGACGCCGGGGAGCGUGGCGGUGUGCCACUUCCUGCCCCAGGACGGCAAGCUCUGGAUGCGCAACUAACUAGCUAGAGCUUCAAACACGCGCGUGCGUGCAUGCGCGAACAACUAGAUACGACUGCGUGCUGAGGGAAAUAAAGUGCGUGGCUGGCCACGUACUUGAUGGACUGGACGUAUGUUUUAUUAUAGGCUAUGCUCCAUCAGUGAUAUAUGUAUACUGCAGUCUGUCUUGUGUGCUUAAUUAAUACAAGUGUGUACGGGUGUAAUGCGUAUACGUUUGUAGUAUGCAUGCGUGUCUUUAUGUA